UUUACAGCCCAAGACAAUAAAGGAAAAAACUGCGAUGAAUUCAAGCAUGUUGUACUAUCCAGUGUGUGUAAUCCACAAAUACGACCAAUCAUAGAAGAGAUGAUGAUGCGCAUCCGUCCAGAAGAGGAGGUGAAGAUGAUACGGAGACGUGUGGCUUUGACUGAAAUGAAAAAGAAGUCUGAAUCUGAUGAAAAAAAUUCAAAGGAAGAAGAAAGGUUAGCAUUGCUAAGAGAAUACAAAGCAUUAAAAAUGGAAGUCCAGGAAAAGAAAGCAAAGGAAUUAGCACAAAAGGAGAGGAUAGAAUCUCUUAAAAGAGAGAUCAAAGAAAAACAUCAAAAAGCUUCAAGUUUGCUACAUGAAAUUCGUGAGCUGAACAACCUAACUUUGACUGUGAAAGCAGCAUCUCAGCAGCUUGAGAAUGGCAUGAAGCUAAUGUGUGACAGUAAUUGCAUCGCAUCGUACAGCAAGAAUGCUAAGCAGGAGCAGCAGUCUUCACCAUCAGAAACUCCUUCCGUGGUCGAAAAAUUUAUAGCAGAACAGGAGGUGGUGAUUGCAAAACUCGCGGAGUCUCGCAUCUCGGCACCACCUGAACCGACGCCAGAUGUAGGAUUGUAUGCUGAACUGAUUGAGGCAGAAGUUCACAACGUAGCCCUGGAAAAGCAGUUGAAAGAGAAUGAAUCUAAUAUUGAACUGGCCACUGAAAGUCUGGUGCAGAAUACUAUGCACGCAUUAUCAGAUUCAGCAGACAUAGAAGUUGUAAGAGAAUGGGCAAAGCUUCAAGUUACGAGACAGACUAGUGAUAUAGUCUGCCGUUCACUGAAGGAAAUCAUUUCGGCUGGUAGCUCACUUCGUUGCGACAGAGACUUCCUCCGUGUUGUUCUACUUGAUGCUGAAAAGAAACUUAAUGCACUUGAUGAAAGAUAUAAAAGUGCUCAGAAGGAAUUAAUGAAUUUAGCUAGCGAUUUGUCUCAUAGCUGGCACAAUAUUGAGAAAGCAGCGGAAAAAGCUAGAAGGAAACGUUCACAGGUAGACAUAGAAUGCAAGGAAGCACCAAAUCAUCUCACAGAACUAAUGAACCAACUGAGAAGAGCUUCAGCAGAGGAACUUAAAGCUUUGCAUGAAACCAUGGUAUCACUGAUGAACAGAGAUUCUACUUUACAAGAAACAUUGGACUUUGGUACAGCAUAUAAUGACUUGUUCUAUAUACUGGAUCUUGUGGCGCAAAAGAGGAUGGCAAGACAUGUGACACUAAGUUUACCUGAAAUGUCUAUCCUCGCAGACGAUCCUCGUUUAGAGCAUCUCAUUGGCAUGCACUCAGAUGAAACACGUGAAUCUGAAAGUUCCAACAAAUUCUCAAAUACCUGUGAGUGGAAUCAACAUAUGGAUGCUUUACUGUCUAAUAAUGAUCAACUGGUUCAAUCAUUAAGAGACCUCAUUGCUGUAUGGUGGCAACAACCAUUUGAGACAGGUGUUCCAGAAGAUAUGGUUGUAAAUGGAAAGAACAUAUUGCAGCAUACAGCUCACUGGGAUCGUGUAACAGCUUUCGUGGAAAGAAAGCAAAUGAAGGAAUAAGUUGUGGGGAAAUCAUAUUUGAAAAUUAGGAUUUACAAAUUUAUUUAUAGAUAACAUCAUAUUGUUUUAAUACUUGACAAAAGCUAUGUUGCUCUGUUAACUUGCAAGAACCUGGUUGAGUUAUAGGUUUUUACACGUUUAUCUGUGCAAUAUGUAAAUUAAAAUAAACUA